AUGGACCAAGAAAUCAAUCUUCAAGCCCGCAUUGACGAAAUCAUCGCCCUCCCCCUUCUCCAAGCCAUCCAAGCCAUCCUCGACCUAACCCCUAAUCUCACCACGCUCCUCUCCCCCAACGGCCAACGCCUUGUCUCCCACCCCAACUUCACCGGCACAGCUGACCUCAACAGCCUCGCAACCUUUUACAUUCGCUGCGGCUCCCGCUGUACAGAAGAGCACGCCCCCCUCAAGAAUCGUCUCGACUAUCUCGCCCUAGAUCCACUCUUCGAAGCCUUCUACGAACGAACCGAAAACAUGCUCCGGGAAGCCGAAGAAUCAGGCAAUCUAACGGAGCGAUAUCAGGAGUUUGAGGGCAGUUGCUGCGCGCAUUGCUCGGGACACCCAGCAGCUGUGAUCCCCGCGGGGUUUGUGGAAGGGGAAUCGUUGUUUUUUGAGAUGGAUGAGUAUGAGCGGUUCUGGGGCGAUGCGGAGUCAACAGGGGCUAGGUACUGGCGGGAUCCGGAGACGAAUGAGAAUAGGGGGAAUAAAAAGGCGAGCAAGGAACAGGUGGAGGAUGCGAUUAGGCGAGGGUUCGUUUGA